CCGUGGUAUUUUCUAUGGAAUUUAAAUGUUGUGAAACAAACAUCAUUCAUUUUGAAACAAUGGUUGUUGAAUAUAUGUUCGCGCAUACUUGCCUGUAAUUCGUUUAUACUAAUUAUUCGGAUACAUUUACAAACACAACGUGUGGCAACCAUUUUUAGCGUUUCUCGUAUAAUGGUACGGCGUCAACCUUAAACAGGCCAGAAACAACAUGGACAAAGCAUCGAGAGCAUUAAGAAGGAGUGGAGCAAAGUUGAUGUCCCUUGGUACAGCACAUGGGGCUCUCAACAUCCUGCUGGCAGACUUGAAGGAGGUGAAGAUGGGAGCUAAGACCUUCAUGGAGGCCCAGCAUCAAGCUGCACAAGACAUGAUGAAGUGGGCAGUCACGGAAGAAAACAGAGCUGUCAAGGAUGUCAUCUCAAACAUUGCUGACUUGUACUUAAUGUGGACGGAUGUUCAGAAAAACUUCAUGGGUUACCUGAAGGAGUACCGGCAGGUUUUUGAGAUGGUUCUGGAGGGUGAGAAACAUGUAGCACAGGCUCGGGAUAACCAUGAUUACUGUACAGAGAAAGAGAACAGGGCAAGAAAAGAACUAAAGAAAUGUUCUAAGAGAGCAUCCUCCAGUGAGUUGCGUCUGCUGGAGUCACGUGUGGAGAUGGCCAUCCAGUCCAAGAACCUGGCAGAUGUUGAAGUAAGUGAGCGCAUCAGAGAAAAUGAAGCUGUGAAGCUGAUUCGUCUGAAAGAAGGUCUGUUGAAGAUGUCAGACUCAUAUAUCGAGAUGGCUUACAAGGCUAAUAUCAUCUUUGGUGCUCAAAAGAAUGUGGCCCUGCAGCUUCCAGAUGUCCAUGGCCAGGAGCUAGAACACAUACAAUACUCAGGUGGCAGCACUACACGAUACCUGGUUGACAAAGUGAGGGAAAAACUGCAGCAAUUUGUCCCAUCAAAUGUGACAGCAGACCCACCGCCUCCCUACACCCCUCCUGAGCCCAGCCAGCCAGCUGGAGGGCGACCUGACUCUCCAGAGCAGGGGAGAGGGACCCAGGGGCUGGAUCGGCGGGGCUCCCGUGACACCCCAUCCCGGCCUUGUCACCCACCCGCCAAACCUCGACACAGCUUCCCGCAAGAAUCUAUGACCAACAGGCCCAGUUCUGGUGAAAUUAGGACGGCUAACUCAACAUCAGACCAGGAUCUUCCGACUUACAGUUCUAGCCAGAAUAAUUCUAACCAGCAACCUGUUCUUAUGCAUUCCACAAGUGAAGUUAUUGUGAGAAGUUCCUCAGGGCCUAAUAUAGCCAACAGUGACAAUGAGGAUGUAACACAAAGGGGUCGGACUGUGUCAGACACAAUUGUGCACACGAACACUGUACGAAUUGUGCGUGAGAGUGAGUCCCCGAGAGCAAGCGGUAGGUCAUCUCCUGUGGUGGGAGAGAGGAGAGAGGCAAUAGAACAUGAGGGGCCAGACACACCAGGGGCGAAAUUGUACCCGGACAUUGGGGCGACUAAUGAUGAUCAGCCUGACAAAACCAGGCCGGUUCCAACUCCUCGUACAUAAAGAACAAACAGAGCAGGAGACAAAGUCAUGAGCAUCCUUCUAUAUGACAGCAGAAUGAUGAUGACCAUUUAAUUUUUCAUUCCAUUUUUAACAUUCCAUGACACAAUCAGAUAGGUUUAACUAUCUUGUCAUUUCAUUCGUGAUGUCAAUGCUGGGCAUUAAACACACAAUUUGGAAUUUGUAGGAAAUUUUAUGUUUGUUAAAUUUGUGGUUUCAUGUAUGGAACUGGAAAGGUAACUUUUGUCUAAAGUUUGCCGUGCCAACAUAUUUAAAUUCGAAAAUUUUGAAAUUCAGUCGAAAAAUAUUUAACAAGAGCCUAGCUUGCAGUCUUACAGUAUUUUUGAUGUUGAACUUAACAUGUUAAUUCAUUGUAAACUAAUCAUACUUAUUAGUUAAAUUAGGAUGAAACGUGGCAAGCAGAUAUAGGUUAUGCAGUUAAAUUUAAAAAAGCCAUUGUUUUGAAAAUAUAUUUUACAAAAAAACAUAACUUAAGUCAGCUAGAAAGAACAUAUAUAUGGCCUUUAAAACAUGUCACAACAUACUAUAUUAAUUCAUCAGAUUAACUUUUACAUCAUGUUAACCUGUUUGUCAUACCAGGUAUUUACUAUUAUGAUAGACCCAUUUAAAUUGCAGUUCAAUUGUUAUGUUUGUGUGUAUAGUUGACCUAGAGUUUUAGUCAGGUUUUGAAAAGGGGUAGGGUGCUUCAGAAAAGGGACUGGGUACUAAUGAUGGAAAUAGCACACUGUAUCGGUCAGUGAAGAACCUUAAUUUUAUAAAUUUGACUAAAUAAUGUUAGAAAUGUGUUUUAUUGACAUAGCAUUCAACUAUUAAAAACUGGAGGGUGCACAAGCUGGUCUUAAUAAAGGCCUUAGGGUGCUACAAAAAAGUGUGGGGUGCAGCACCCUUCCAUAAUUUUUCAGCUGAAAUCCUAGGUUACUAUAGAUGUAGUUGUUGGUGUAUGUGCAUUUAUAAUUAGAGAGUAACAUUGUUGUCUUAUGUUAAAUCAGAAACAUAUUUGAAAUGUUUGCAUUUGAAUGUAGUGAGUAAUUACUUCAAAAUGUUCACAAAUUGAAUAUAAUUGUUUUUCUAUAUUUUUUGUAUGCAGUUUAGCAACUUUCACUGAUUUUUUUAUUCAUUUCUAGAAAAAUUAUUCAAGACCUCCAUAUUACAUUUUGCGACUUAACAAACAGUCUGGAUAUGGCUCAAGGUAGUUUAUACAUGUUAAUUAUUGGUUGUUUCUUGCCUUUAUAUUCUAUAUUAUUUAUGAACUUUAUAUUUAGUUAUACAUGUAUAAUGCAAUCAUGAUAUUUAUAAUAUAAUUGGUGCUUGUUUUAGUAGCUUUACAUUUUCAUGUUAUAUGUUAGAUUUAUUAUAUAAGUAUAUAUGCUCACAUUUAUUGCUGUGAAAGGGCCAAACAUGUUUUGUUGAAUGUUGUUAUUGUACUAAGAUUUAGCAAUAUUGGUCAUCAAGGCCUACUGUGUUGUAAGUUCAGCAGUUGUUAAGCCAUGCUUGAAAGUUGUACAGUAUUGCACAUAACCACACAGUUAUUAAGCCAUGCAUGAACGUUUACAAUAUUAAUUUCAACCGCACAGCUGUAAUUUGAGCCAUGCUUGAGAGUUAAGCAGUAUUGCACUCCACCGCACAGUUAUUAAGGUAUGUAUGAAAGUACAUGUAGUACAGUAUUGAACUCUACCACAAAAUGAAAUUUGAGUUCAUAAAUAUAUCUAUUAAUGAAAAGUCAGCAUAGCUGGUGGUUUUAUAAAACUUUUCCAUUUGCUUUAGUUCGUUCCUGUGGACAAUUCAUCAUUUACCUGAAUACUUAUAUCUUCACGAAUUCAUUCUUGUAUGUACACAAACUGUUGAAUUUUGUUAUUUCAUUCGGCUAAUAGGUACACAUUUACAGAUAUGAAUGACCGUUAUGAGCAGAAAUUGGUCUUUGCAUCAUUUCAAAUAUGUUUCACAUCGAAAGGAUAUAUUUAUUUCUUUAAAAGUACCCAUGACCUUUCAUACACUUCCAAGCAUGGAAAUGCAGUUAAAUUUCCCUCAUGUAAUAAAAACUGCAUAAUGCUUAAAGGUUGCUAUUAUGCAUUUACCAAAAUAAACGAGCCAGGAGUUUUAAGAAAGGGCCCAUUAUUUGGUCAAUGCAAAAGCUUAGUGUUUAAAACUAUAGUUCGUCUAAUGGCCAAGUCUCUGUUUGAAUCUACCUAUUCACCUGAUUUAAAUUAAUAAUGACUGACUGCUGAUUUACCCCAAAAAAUGGUAGAUUUGAAAAAUUAAGCCAUCCCAUUUGACAAAAUAUAAUUUUGAACACUAAGACGUCAAGUAUAUUGUUUGCUUUUGUUAUAUUAAAUGCAAGACCCAAUUCUGCAUGUCGUGGUUUGUAUAUCUGUUUGUUAAUUGAUAUCUAAUUUUGUAAUGAAAAUUAUUAGUCUCUGCUAGUCAUUUAAGAUGCAAUAGUUUUUAGUAUAAAGAUAUUUUCACCAUUUUAACAUUAAUUUAAUCAUUCUGUAUCCACCAUGUGGCUGCACACUGAAUUGCACACUGUAUUGAUUUUGAAUCCUGCUUACUAAAUUAGUACCUGCAUCAAAAUUUGAGAGUCCUCUAACUUAAUAUAAUGGUAUUUGUAUUUUAAUGCUUAAUUAUGGUGUACAUGUAUACUAACAUGUGUGCUUUAUAAUAAUUCAAAAAUUCAUACUGAAGAUGGGAACAUUCCACAAAAGGAUCACCCCUUGGCUUUUUUUAAAUAGCAAUUAAGUGCUAAGACAUCUUUUUUCUUUCAUAACCCAUGGUCAUUUAUAAUUCCUUCUUCUUAACAACUUCAAUCUGAUUGUAGUUUGUGGUUUAUUGUUAACCAAUUAAUUGAAAUAACAAAUUUAUUGUUAACAUUCCUUUAUCAUGUAAAUACUGUUCAAAAUUAGUCCAUACAAUAAUGUGAUUUUUUCUAAACUUUAUACAUGUAACUUUGUUAUUUUGUAGUCCUGUAAUUUUAUAUACAUAUAAUUCGCUUAUUUAUUCGCUUAUUUCAUGUUUAUAAUAAAACUCACUCAGUUUAACAUGUUAAUGUUAUUGCUUUAACGGCUCAAGAAGGGUAACAACUAUACAA